AUGACUGAUCUAUUACAAAAGAAAUCUAAUGAAUUCUACAAACUUAUGAAUAAGGUUAUUGAUGAUGUGAAAUUAUCAGAUUAUGAUCAAGAAGUUGAUAAUUUUGAUAAAUUUAACAAUUUUGAAAGACAACUACGAAAAAUAUUAGAUUUUAAUAAAUCACAAUUACAUUACACCAAAGGUGAUGAUAUAGAAGAAUUAGAAGAAUCAGAUGAAAACGAAAUCCAAAAGUUUAAUACCCAAGUUGAUUCAACAAUAGAUGAAUUUAUAAUUUCUACUGGAUCUCAAAAACUUUUACAAUCAAUGAUUCAACAAUAUGUGGAAGAUAAUGGUGAAAAUAAAUCAACAUUUCAUCAAAAGAUUAGCACAGUACUAGAUUUUAUCAUAUGGCUAAACUUGAACCUUGAGUUACCUUACAGAACAUCAUUUUAUCAAAGUUUAAUUUUUAUACUGACCCAAAUAUUAUUAAUAUCAACUGAAGAAAUUGAAUCAUUCUGGACAUACAUAGAAUCAAGACUAAAAAUAAUAAAAUAUAAAUUAUUUUCAGGUUCAAUUAAUGAAAGAAUGUACAUUUUACAACUUGGCAAUUCACUAACAGAUUAUUUUGAGACUUCAAGAUUCGGAGAUAAAACAAAGCCAAUAAAAAAAGAUACAAUUAAUGAUAGAAUUCAAUCAAGAAUAAGAACUUUUAUGACCAAUUUAUUAGAAUUUGAAGAUCUGACUGGUAGAAAUAAAUUCUUUCAUAUGGGUAAUAGUAUAGCUCCUAGAAUUCCAACAAAAGAUAAAUUUUUAAGUGAUAUAAUGGAUAUUCAAAAAGUAUUUAAUGAUCCAGUAUUUUAUAUGAGAAGAGAAAAUUAUAAAGAAUUUCUUGCAAUGACUGAUAAAAUUACUGCAGUUUUAGGUGAAUUAUUAAAAGAAUAUAAAGAAUAUAGAAUGAAGAAAAUAGAGCCUGAUCAAUUUAAUAGAAAACCUACUAUAUCUAUAACAGAAGCAAAUUAUUUAAAGAAAAAAUUUAGUAAAAAACUAUUUGUUCCAUCAUCAUAUAUAGGAGCUAAUGAAGAUAAGAAAAAAGAAGAUAUUGAUUUCUUAUUUGAUCAAUUGGAAUCACCAAUUGUUAAAUUACAAUAUAUAGCACAAAUUUUUAUGGUUGGAGGGUUAUAUAGUGAAGCAUCUAAUGCAUCUAAAACAGAUUUAUUAAAAAGUAUAGGGGCUCCACCAAAUGCAAGACAUUUAACUGAAGAAAAUAUUAAUGCAACAUUAGCUAAAAAAUACUUUGAAUUAAAAAAGGAAAUUCAAAAUGGUCUUAGAAAAUGUGAUCCUCAAACUAUGUUUUUAUUUCAAACUUUACAUUUUGGUGAAAGAUCUUGGUGGGCAUUAUUAUUGAAAGGAAAAGAUCUGGAUAUUCAAAAUGUAUUUGCUAAUAAAUUAAUUACACCAGAGGAGUUAAUUUCAACUGAGGAUAAAUUUUUAAAAUUAUAUCCUUAUAAGAACAAAAAGAGUUUUAAUACUUAUAUCACACCACAAGUUUCUAAAAAGAUGAGAAAAUCAAGAGGAUUAGAAAAUUUAAAAGAAUCAGUUGUUUUUAAUGUUGAAAAUGCAGAGGAAGAUAAUAAGUUAAUAAAUGAAAAAUUAAUAGAUGAAGAUACAAUGGAAGAUAAAUCAGAAUUAAAAGAAAAAAAAUCAUCUAAUUUAUGGAAAAUGUUAAGGAAAAGAAGAUAUGAAUUAGUUGAAUGA